AUGAACUUGUCUAUGUUCAUCGUCCUCUGCGUAAUCACGGUUCACUCGGUCCAGAAUACUGUCGGAAUGGGGAUCGAUAUUCAGAAGGAGAUCGAUUCCUACUCAUUCUGUAAUGGGGAGCCUGUCGCAUAUCCCCCCGUCCUGAUUGCAAAUACUUUUUUCGCUGGGACAAAAUGUCUCGCUGUGGAAGAGGAAUGGUGUGCCAAGCGAUGCAUCUUUGCGAACCUACCAGGUGCCUUUGUCGACAAUAAGUUAAACCUGAAGUGGUUCAAAGACGAGGCUAGAAAGGUCACAGUCAGUGCAAACAAUGAGGCCGCAAGGGAGCAAAUUAUCAAGGAGUUGGACAACUGUGGAAAACAAGGUGACGAUAUGCCUGAACCGAAGUCAGCAAGCGUGAACAACUGCCCAGAAUGGAAAAAGUUCAAUCUCUGUGCUCACAAUAAUUUUGUCAAGAUUUGCAAAGGAAACGGUAAAUUGCGAACGGAAUGAGAUUCAUACUUUGCGUGUGGUGUCUGGAUGAAUUUAUGGAGGGGGUUGACACAAUGAAAAUUUGCUAAAUAAAUAUGUUGCAUGCCGAAAAAAUCAUAAUUUCUGCAGUACUUGCAUUGUCAA